AUGGUUAAGAUUGCUGAAAUCUCAAGAACGUCGACGUUCACCUGGAGUCAUGAGUGCCUCCCGUUGCUUGCCACUGGUACAGUGGCUGGUGCAGUUGAUCUUUCGUUCACUUCGCAGGCAGUUUUGGAAAUUUGGGACGUGUUCUCCCCAAUUGAUAAGUCCGAGCCUGUGGUGAGCGUACCAGUGGGCGCCAGGUUCCACGCAAUUGGGUGGUCCAAGCCAUUUGACAAGUAUUCUCGAGGUGUGAUAGCCGGUGGAUUUGAAAAUGGACUCAUUGAGUUUUGGGACGCCAACGUGUUAUUGAAGACCAAGGACUUGACCAAGGCAUCAAUCCAUAAGGACGAUAAGAUCCACUCCGGUUUCGUCAAAUCAUUGCUGUUCCACCCAAGCCAAGAUCAUGUUAUGGUGUCUGGUGGAGACAAGGGUCAAAUCUUCGUGUGGGACUUGAAAACGUUUGCUGAGCCCAAAUCUCCAGGCUCUGCAAUGACCCCAAUGGAAAUCAUAUCGUCGGUAGCUUGGAAUCAAGCUGUUCCUCAUAUUUUUGCUCUGACGGCGGGAAACAGUGGGUACACAUCAAUUUGGGACUUGAAGGCAAAGCGUGAAGUGUUGCAUUUAUCUUACCAAGGUCAAGGUGGUACUAGAGCCAAUUUUUCUUGUGUCGCUUGGCACCCAACCCAGCUGACCAAAUUAAUCACAGCCAGUGAUAAUGAUGGUUGUCCAUUGAUUUUGACCUGGGACUUAAGAAAUUCAAAUGCUCCUGAGAAAAUCUUGACUGGUCAUACACAAGGUGUCCUUUCACUUGAUUGGUGUCAACAAGAUCCAGAGUUAUUGAUUUCGUCCGGUAAGGAUAACGCUACCAUGCUUUGGAACCCAAUAACUGGUGAAAAGUUAGGUGAAUACCCCACUACAGCCAAUUGGGCUUUCCAAACUAAGUUUGCACCACAGGCACCAGACAUUUUUGCAACCGCCUCUUUCGACGGUAAAAUUAUUGUACAAUCAUUGCAAGACACAAGCCCACCUGUGCUGACUAAAGUCAGUCAAAGCAAUGAUGACAACCAAUUCUGGAAUGAAAUUUCAACAGCUGAAACUCAACAACCUAAGUUUGACAAGCAGCAAGCUCCAAAAUGGUUGAAAUCUCCUGUAAGUGUUGGUUUCGGAUUUGGAUCCAAAUUGGUUUCUGUCAAGACAGAUGCCAAUGGGAAAUCUACCAUUGAAAUCAACAAGUUCGUUAGUAACAACAACUUCAAGAACCAGACUGCAAAAUUCUCGGAGGCAAUUAAAUCCGGAAACUUCAAAGAUUUCAUUGAGACCAAAAGUGACUUUUCUAGUGACAGCGAUAAGAAGGAUUGGGAAUUGUUAAAGAAAUUAAGUCAAGGUAAAAAUCUUCUUGAAAAUGAAUCCACUGAAGUAAGCGUGGCUACGGAUGAAAAGGAAGCUGCUAAAGCGGAAAUCUCUAAUGGUAUCGCUGGAGAAGUCGAUGAAGACUCGUUUUUCGACAAUUUGGGGAAAGCCGGAGUAAGAAAGUCAAUCUCUGCAGCAGCAUCGACAUUUGUUCCCUCUGGUGACUUUUCAAUUUUUGCUUCUAAUGCCUCAGAUCAAACUACUAAGCUCACUAAAUUAAUCCUUGCAGGUAAGAUAGAUGAAGCUGUAAGUGUUUCUAUCGAACAGGGUCUUCUUUUAGAAGCAUUUGUCCUUGCGUUGGAUGGCUCUAAGGAUACAAAGCAACUUGUAAAGAAUGAGUACUUCAAAACCAAUGAAUCUAACUCUAUUUCAAGGUUGCUUUACAGUGUAUCUUCUAAAAAUGUCACAGAUAUCGUGGCUAAUGCUGAUAUCCAAAAUUGGAGAGAUAUAGCUACUUCGAUUUCUUCGUACGCCACAGAUACUGAUGACUAUAAUGCCAAAAUCUCGGAACUUGGUGAUCGUAUCCUCUCACUUGGUGGUGAUAGAAAUGAUGCAUUGUUAUGCUAUUUAUCUGGAAAUGCUAUUGAUAAGAUUUCAACAAUUUGGUUAAGUGAAUUAGAGAACAUCGAAAAGACAUUGUUAGCUCCUGAUAACAAAAAAUUUGAAGGCUUAUCUCCUUCUGAUGCUAGAUUUGAAGCAUUGAAUAUUUUUGUGGAAAAAUUGGCAACUUAUAGAUCUCUUUCAAAUACUAGUGGUACAUUGUCCGGUCCUGGAAUCGAAAAGGCAUGCAAAGUUUUAUUGGAGUACUCUAAUUUAGUUGCAGGAUACGGUGAAUUUGAAUUAGCUGAGAAAUUCUUAGAGAUCUUACCUGAAGAUUUUGCUGGAUUGAAAUUGGAGAAGGAUAGAAUUGGAAAAGCUACGGGGAAAUCUGCUGCUGUUGUUAACACUUCAAGACAAAGCGGUGGUCGAAUCCCUGGACGUAACUCAUACUCGAAGUCACCAAAAAAGCCAUUAGGUUCAGUCGGCAGUCAACCAUUUGUUCCACCAGCCUCGAUAAAUCCAGGAUUCAAUAGACCACCAAUCCCAAAUUCGACUUAUUCACAAGCUGGUACACCAUCUCAAUUUGUUCCAUCUGCCCCAAUUGCCAAUCCAUAUGCUAAGCUGAGUAUUCCUACCCCAGUGUCGAAUCCUUAUGCUCCUCAAGCUUCUGCCCAAAAUCCCUAUAAACCUUCAGGUGCACAAUUUCCUAGUGCUACUAACACUUUUGCACCUCCACCUCCUACCUCGUUAGGAAGCAUCGCCCCACCACCUACUUCCUCAAAUGCUCCUGCGUUCAAAAAAGAGGAAGGAGGUUGGAACGACUUACCAGAUACUUUCAAACCAAAAGUAGCUCCUCGUAGAGCUACUCCAUCAGGUGUAUCUAGUCCAUCGCCAAUUGAAUCUCCACAGCCUAACAUUCAUGUUCCUAAGAGGACUUCAUCCGCAGCAGCAGCACCAGUUUUACCUCCACCUCCAAAGGGUUUGAGUAGAACUCCAUCAAAGCAGACUGUACCUUCUAUUGAAUCACCUUCAUUAGUUCAGGCCCAAUUGAAUACUCGUUAUGCACCUCCACUAAAUGCUUCUGCAGUAGUUGAAUCACCAAAAUUAGGCAAUGGAUUUGUUGAGACCCAAACCCCAACUCUUCCACCUAAAAACCCAUAUGCUCCCUCAGGUCCUGCUGUCCCGCCAUCCAGAAAUGCGUAUGCCCAACCAGUUCCCACCAACUUCCAAGUAAACCCCACUGCAGUAGGUUUACCAACUCCACCUAAAAAUCCCUACGCACCACAAGCGUCAAACAAUGUGGUCAGUAGUCCUACUGGAAUUUUACCACCACCACCCAAAGCUGGUGGCUUGGUAAGUCCACCCAUUGGUGGCCCUCCUCCAAUGAGCUCAAUUCCACCUCCACCUCCAAAAGGAAAUUCAAUGGCACCAACUCCUUCUGGAUCAAUCCCACCUCCUCCUCCACCCACUUCCCUCCCAACCAAUAAUUCGACUCCACCACCUGCUGCCCCCACCAAAAGUAAUUACCCAUCAGGUGACAGGUCUCAUAUUCCAGAGAACGCUCUUCCAAUUUACACCACCUUAAAUUCAAUUCUUGAAGUUAUCAUGCCAGAUUUGCCAGCUCAGUAUGCCAAACAUGGUGAAGCUGUAGUUAGAAGAUUAAAUAUUUUAUUUGACCAUUUGAAUAAUGGCGAUCUUUUGUCUGAUGAAGUGAUCAAUGAAUUGAAGAAUCUUUGCAGUGCAUUAAAUAAUAAAGAUUACAAGGAAGCCUUAGCUUUACAUGUGAAACUUACAACUAACCAUAGCGAAGAGACUAGCAAUUGGCAUCCGGGUGUGAAACAUUUAAUUCAAAUGGCUGAAGCAUUAUUAUAA